GAUUUUGUCGGACGACGCGGAAGCACAAGUGCCGUUUGACAACAUGGAGGGAUCGAGCUCGGACAGCGGGACGUGCUAUACUGUCGGAGGAAAGUUGUGCUCCUGAUCGUCAGAAUGAAAAUAUAACCUGCUGUUUGCUGUAAAUAUUUCUCGUCGCUAAGACUUCGACGGAAGUUGACUGACAAGUGUGACGUGAGCUAAAGUGCUUCCCUAUUCUCCUACCCUCUGAGAAGGUCGAUGAGGAGGAACAGAGGUGAGGAGGCGUGCUCAGUGUUAUGGCCUUUUCAUUGUCGCACUUCCUCGCCCUCCUGUUGCCACCGAUACCCCUGCUCCUCCUGACGACCGUUAAGCCCCACCCGGGCUUCGGGUGGCCGGAAAGCGGUGCCUGCGUGCCCGGCCGGUCCUGGGCGGUGCGACUGGGCGCCAGUGAUGAAGACGGGCGCAGACUGGACGACCUCGCCGAAGCCGUGGCCCAGGAGGCUGGACUUCAAAACUGGGGCCAAAUCGGGCAGCUCGAGGGUCACUACCUGUUCUGCUACGCCCCCCAUGGGCAGCCAGAGGAAAUCUCGGCAGCGGCGAAAGUGCUGGCUGCCCAUCCCGAUGUGGCUUGGCACUCUCAGGAGCAACCCCUGCGCAGAGCCAAGCGGAGCAUGGAAUUUAACGACCCCAGAUACCCCAAGCAGUGGCAUCUGCACAACGAAGUGAGAGCGGGGAUGGAUAUCAACGUGACGGGGGUGUGGGAACGCAACGUCACGGGUUCUGGGGUCACCGUAGUUGUCGUUGACGACGGGAUUCAGCACACGCUGCAGGACAUCCAGCCCAACUAUAGCCCCGAGGGCAGCUACGACCUGAACUCGAACGACCCGGAUCCCAUGCCUCAUCCCGACAGCCGGGGCGAUAACCACCACGGCACGCGCUGCGCCGGCGAGAUCGCCGCAGCUCCUAACAACAGCUUCUGCGCCGUGGGUGUGGCCUAUGGCAGCCGGGUGGCAGGUAUCCGAGUGCUGGACGGGCCCCUGACGGACAGCAUGGAAGCUGUGGCGUUCAAUAAGCACUACCAGGUCAACGAUGUCUACAGCUGCAGCUGGGGUCCUGAGGAUGAUGGACGGACUGUUGAUGGGCCGCAUCCCCUAGGAAAGGUAGCGCUGCAGCAUGGCGUCAUCGCCGGCCGGAGAGGCUUCGGCAGCAUCUUCGUGGUGGCGAGCGGCAACGGCGGUCAGAACGAGGACGACUGCAACUACGACGGCUACGCCAACUCCAUCUACACGGUCACCAUAGGGGCCGUGGACGAAAACGGGAGGAAGCCCUUCUAUGCGGAGAAGUGUGCCUCCAUGCUGGCGGUGACAUUCAGCAGCGGCGACGGGCUACUGAGGAGCAUCGUGACCUCCGAUUGGUCGAUGCAGCAGGGCACGGGCUGCACAGAGGGUCACACGGGCACCUCGGCCGCCGCCCCGCUGGCCGCUGGCAUGGUGGCGCUGAUGCUGCAGGUGCGGCCCUGCCUGACGUGGAGGGACGUUCAGCACAUAAUAGCCUACACUGCCACCAAGUAUGAAGACAAGGAGGCGGACUGGAUGGCGAACAGUGCUGGUUUUAGGCACAGUCACCUUCACGGCUUUGGGCUGCUGAACGCCUGGAGGCUGGUCAACGCGGCCAAGGUGUGGGAGUCUGUUCCGUUCCUGGUGUCGUAUCAGAGCCCGGUGCUGAGGGAGGAGCGGACUAUCCAUGCCCACCCCCUCGUGAGCACCGUUACCUGGAAUGUUACGGCAGCCGAUCUGCUGGAGUCCGGAAUGCAGACUCUGGAGCACGUGUCUGUUGCCGUGACAGUGAGCCACCCUCGCCGUGGAAACGUGGAGAUCACGCUCAUCUGCCCCAGCGGGAUGACCUCAGUCAUCGGGGCUCACCGCAGCAUGGACGUUGACCCCUCAGGCUACAAUGACUGGACCUUCUCCACGGUGCGCUGCUGGGGCGAGAGGGCAGAGGGCGUGUACAGCCUGCAGCUUACUGACUACAGACAGGGCGCUCUGAAUAUAGGUGUCCUGAACCAGUGGAAGCUCAUCCUCUACGGCUCCUCGAUGUCCUUCGACGAGGUGAAGGCCAGACAGAGGGUGGUGGAAGACGCCAUGGGGGGCCAGUACCUGAACAGCAGUUUCUCUCUGCCCUGCCCCCCCGGCCUGGACAUCCCCCCCGAAAGCUUCAGCCCGUUGACCUCCAACAUCCUAAAGUCUCUGCUGCUCCUGGGUUGCCUGGCCCUCUUCGCCUCGCUCUACUACAUGCUGGAGGUCACCCUGUUCCACGUGGACUCGCGGGGGCUCUGCCGGCGACGGCGGGGCCACAGCAACAUCGAGGAGGGGGACGAGCUGGAGGUGGGCAGCAUGCUGGCCCCGGAGGACAAGGAGCCCAUCAUGGGCAGACACUCUUCCACGUAGUCCUACCCCUCCAGGCCCUUCUCCUGCACGUAGGGGAAGUCUGUGUAUCUGCGAGGACCAGGAUCUCCUGUACUGGUACAGAGGAAGUCUGAAGAGGGUGUUAGAGAUGUGCCUUUGCCUGGAUGAACUGGGCCACUUGAACAAGUGCAGCAUAAACACACGACAUGGGAUCCCCAGAUCUUUUCGAUGACCUCAGUGGGUCUCUCUCUCUCUGCUGGAGCAUGCCGCUCCUUCACCGGGGAUCACUGUGACUUUUAACCCUUCAUUGCUGUUGUCCAGUGCUGGGCGAACACUCCGUUUCCCAUAGAGCCUCAUUGCUGCCAGGCUUUAUGGGAAAUGCAGUCAUGCCAGAAUAUGUUCCUCAGUCUAGGGUGGCGAGCGCAUCAUGGCUCUGGGGGGGGGUCGUUAAGCGUAAGGGAAGCCAGCAGACAAACCAACAGAGGCCACCCAAUCAUAUUCCCCCAGUGUACUGGGAAGGUUGGGAGGUCGCUCUGAUGUUUAUAAUGGGGAGUUAGUAUGCAUAGUAAUGUAACACCAACAACUCCUUUUUGCACAUGUGCAUGAAUGUUUGUUUUUUUUUUUUGGUUUUGUUUUUUGCUGUAUGAAUGUACUAUGUGUGUGGAAGGAAAGCAUGGCGAAUAGUUUAGGUUCAAAACCACUGUAUCAUGUUUCAGGAGUUUCUUCAUGGAAUAUGAGCGCGACUGGAAUGUGUGGGACUGUUACGUGCCGACUGCAGGCUCUCAGUCAUCUCGCUACUUGAAGCAGUUGUGUGACUGACUGACUAAAACAUGGUACAGUCUGUCCUGUUUUUGCAAUUGUAUUUGAAUUAUAACACAGAAUUCCCUCCAAAACCAUAUUCGAUUUUUUUGGUAUUGGCGUCUGCUGCUCUCUGUUAGUGAGGAUUCAAACUUUGCAUUUCUUAUGUGCUUCACAGCUGGUCUGAGUAGAUUUCAAUAAAGGGCGUCAGCCCAGAAUCUCUGCCUUUCACCCACCUUUU